AUGGUCACCCAUAAAAAUAAGAAUGGGCAGUGGGUUGAUCGUCGUGCAGAAAAUACACAUGAAACUUAUUGGAAUGUCCUAAUUAUUAUAUUAGAAGUGGAGAGCCAAUACAUUGAGAUGGCUAGAGUAGAGGCUUAUAGAGCACGUGAAGAGGCUGCAUUAGCUAAUGCGCGUGCAAACGAAACAAAUGUGAAUGCAAGAGAAGCUAUGGCUGAGAUAGCAAAGUUGAAAAGGAAGUUUGAAGAAUUUCAGAAACAACUGUUUGUUUGGCAGUCGGGUCAGGAGGGUACUUUCAUUAUUCCUUCUAGUGUCCAUCCUAGUGCUAGUGAUCAUUAUGAUGAUGACUUUGAUGGUCAGUCAUUGGAUCUAGAGGGAAUGAGUGAUGGAUGUUGA